GGGGAGGACAUUGUUCCCACUGAAAACAGGAAGCAGCUCCAGCCUUUCCUGGUUAUGUGCUGGCUGAGACGCUUACAAACCCGCUGGCUAACGACCCAUGGAGGGCUGCACUGCCCCUCUCAGCCCAAAGGGGGCGCAGGCGGGAAGCUGCAGGUGGGCAUGGCGUGACCUGUAAGAGCACCGGCCACAGAGGCACUGAGAGUAACCAGGAGCUGCUUAUUCCUCGCAUAGGGUGUAACGGGGCUGACGUGCUCCAAGGUCGCAGGCUGGCCUCUCUGCCCAGCGGGAAUGUCACCCCACAGGAGGAGUGGCAUCUCCCUAGUACAGCUUCCAAAGCCAGGCUGCUUGCGGGGGCUGUAGCUGCAUCACUUGGCAGGCCUUAUACAUGAAGCAGGGGUGGGCUUGCCCAGUGGUUGGCUGGGAGCCCCCCAAACGAAGCCCAUGGCGCUGAGUGGUACCGCCGAUGAUCCAGUGCGGGGGGGGGUGGGUUUGAUUGGGGUGCUCCGGUGUGAAACAGGCAUCCCCAGCCUGUGUGGUCAUUAAAGAUCCUAUGCCACUCUCGGCAGGACUCAGGGGGUUACCUCCCAUCCCCUAGUGUCCUGGCCCCAUUCCAACACAGGGCUUUGCGAGCUCCCGUCCUUUUGCUGAUUUUUUCUCCUUAAAGCCCCAGCUGCUGGACUCCGGUGAUUAUGGGAGAAUUUCAGCUUCAAUUUUUUUAAAAAGUCAAAUCCCAGCCUUCCUGGCUGGGGAGAAAAGCUUGAAAAUGUGACCCCCAAAGGUUCCAAACCUGAAAGGUGAAUAAAACACCCCCAAUGUUUCACUUGUAAAAUCUCUGGAUUUUUAAACCAGUAUCUGGAUUACUGGGAGACAGGUUCAUGACUUUUGCAUGCUUGGGGCCUCCUGUCGCCCUGAAACCUUUCAUCGGGCCACCAUACUCUUUACUUCCUGUUGUCCUAGAAAUUGCUGUAUCAAGCGGCUAGUUCAGACUGGCUGAUGCGUUCCACACCAGAGCUGGCUGCUUUAGCAAUGCACUGGUGGGUGGGUGCCCUCUUGGCCCAAUUCUCUGUGGCCCUGCCCCUGGUGCUGUUGUUUACAGUGCAAAGUGACUGAGAAACACAGCUGAAUCCAAACGGAGCACUUUGCACAGGUGUCAGCGACAGGAUGCAGGGAAUCAGGGCCAUGGUCGGUGCAGGCUCUCAGAUCUUUCGGCAUGAAAGGAGCCUGAGAUGUCUGGGGUUCUCUGGGCGGGGUUCUCUGCAGGGCGAGCUGGACUCAAUCUCUGAGAGGGAGGAGGAGGCCGACGUAGCAGGGGCGGACGAGCGGGCAAUCCUGCGCUACGAGGAGCACAUCACCACACUGCUCGUCACCAUCACCCAGCUCCACAGCAAGGCCGAGCAGCUGCAGCAGAGGAGAACCAGAGAGGAAGAUGAGUAUUCAGAUCAGUGCUCCGAAUACACAGCGAGCCUUCCCAGGUGUGUGCAGAGGCCCUGCAGCUUAGCCAUCCGUCCGUUCCCCAUGGGCUGCAUGGAGGAAGGAGGCAGCUCCGACGUGUUCCUAGAUCUGCAGCAGGCUGUGGCCUCUCUGGAGAAUGCCGUGUUCUCCCGGCGGAGCCAGGCUCGGCUGCUUGGCAGUGCUGGUGGGGAGACGGGCGCAGGCAGCCCCAGCGCGGUGGGAGAGGAGUGGGCCCAGAUAGCCAAGACCCUGGAAGAGGUAGAACGAGGCCUGGGGGGUUUUGCGGGACUCCCAGAGGACAACAGGAGCUGUCCCUGGAAGGCAGCACCCAGGGCGCAGGGGGAGAAGACGAGCGAGGCCAGCCCAGGGCUCUCAGCCGAGGACAUGAGCUGGAUCAAGAAGGAAAUAGCCACAUACGCAGAGAGGAAUGCGGCUCUCCGGGUGGCGCUAGAGAGCAAGGAGGAGGAGCUAAGCAGGUCCAAGGUCACCCUGCAAGCAUUCCAGGAGGAACGGGAGAAGCUCCAGAGAAAGGUCCAGGAGCUGCAGGACUCACUGCUCCGAAUCGAGACACUGUCCCAGCCCUGCAGCCCCUCAGCAUCUGCCAGUGACACUGUCAGCACCAGGGGGUCGGUCAGCCCCGGCGGGGAAGGGGAGCCCUGGCCGCUCCAGGACCCAGUUGCCGCGGCCCAGAGCCUGAUCCGGUGCUUUCAGAGCUGCUCCAGCACCCAGCACCUCUGCCGCCUGUUCCCCCAGCACCGCCCCCCAGCGUCGGAGAGCCACGUCAGGGAGUGGGAAGCUCGGACGCAGCAGCUGCGAGGGUGCAUCGAGAGGCUCAAAGGCCUGAACCAGCUGCUCUCGGGGACGCUGCAGGAGUGGAAGGGCCACUCGGAGAGGCUCAGCAUGCUGCUGGGGCAGCACGAGUCCAACAGCACGGCCCUGCGCCUGGCCGCGCAAUACAGCGAGCGCUGCGUGGAGGCCUACGAGGUGCUGCUGUCCCUGGCCGGGGUGAAGCUGGGGCCCUGGCUGGAGCCAGUGGAGGAGGGAGAUGCCCUGGACAAAGGAGAGCCCGGGGCGCGCGCCCCCAACAGCCCCGGCGGCAGGACGGGGGCUGUGCUGGAAGAGGCCAGGAGGUUCCUGGGGAGAGCGGAGCCUGAGGGCGAGGAAGCCGGGUCGGGGCAGGACGGGGCUGGGACCCAUGGAUGGGAAAGCAGCACCCCCAGCCCCGGGGCCCUGGGGCCCCGAGGGGCGGAGGAGGGGAUUCUGCACGAGUACAUCCGGCAGCUGCGGGCGGAGCAGGCCUCGGUGGAGGUCUCCCUGCUGGAGCUGGGCUGCCAGGCCGCGCCUGGUUCUGCCGGUGCCGUGAUCCAGAGUAACGACACCAUCAAGGCCAAGCUGGACGAGGCCGUCAGGGUCGCAGGCGGGGUCCUGCCCAGGGAGACACCAAGGCCAAAGAUGGAGAAGCCACAGCUACUGCACGACUUAGUGGCCAUCAGGGAGUCAAUGGCGGAUCUGAAGACCCGGCUGCACCUGGCGGAGAAGGAGACGCGAGGCCUGGAGCUCUGCAGCUACACACACCGGGCGCAGGAGGCCGCCCACCUGCUGCUCAUCGAGCACCUGCAGGGGGAGCUGGACGGGCAGCGGGGCCGGCGCCCCAGCUCCGGGAGCAGCAGUAGUGGAGACAGCACCAGCUGCAGCAGCUGCCUCGGGGACGUCGGGAGACGGGAGGCAGAAGCUGCUAGACCCCAGGCUGCCCUGGAUCGGGAGACGAUGAUGCUGGAGCUGGUUGGGGCACUGGCCCGGAGCAGGGAGCUGAGGGGCCAAGCCCAGGGCCUGGCGGCCUCCCUGGAGCACCGCAGCACGACCAGCCGGGUGCAGCAGGCCCAGUGCGUCGGGAUCACCAGAGACUUCUUCCAGGCUCACAGCGCCCUGGUGCUGGCCUACAGGAAUGCCAGGAGGAAGCAGGAGGCUCAGCUGCAGAGGCUGGAGGCCCAGAUGGGUGCGAUGGGCGAGCGGCAUGCGGAGCAGCUGCGCUCGCUCACACAGGCUCUGCAAAGGCUGGAAGAGCGUCGCGUGGCCGGCAGCGAGACCUGCAUCUAGGGCAGAGCCACGGUGGGGGGUGGGGAUGGCUGAGUCCCUCCUGCUGGCGUGCAGGGGUGACCAGCUGACAGGGCCCAGGGUCGCCUCUCCAAUCCAUGGGGAGCUGGGAGCAGGGGGUCUUCUGUUCAUUGAGUUUAUUGCUCAUAAAUCACACCCCGCAGCCCCCUGCUAGCCCAGCCCUGGGCUCCCCACACACAGCUGUGCCCAUGCCCCCCAGCCUGUCCUGGUUUCCCACCCAGAGAUCUGCACUGGGGGGAGGUUAGCGCCUGGGAGCUAUUCUUGGUGCUGAGCAGGAAGGGGUUAAUAGCAGAGGGUUGUACAGAUGAGUUGGGUCUGGUUUUAGUCCAUGCUGGGCCCAGGGGCUGUGGCAUUUGGGUGGAGAGGAAAUCACUCAAUAAAGAGAUCUCCAGUC